CUUCUCUCCAGGAGAGCAUAGCUUCCCGUAAACCCUUCGUUCGGUUCAGGGCCUGCAAAAGAGGUCGCAAUCGACCUUUGAGAACUUCAUUUCGUUCUGGCGAUUCCGUGGAUGGGACGUCUCCACCGAUUCGUUCCAACAGAUCCACUCUCAGAACCGCCAUCACAUCAUUCGUGAGCGAGGUCGUGAUCUCCAUGGUCAGGAUACGCAAGUGUUCGGGCAAAGCAGCGAAUGCGCUGAGCGACGAUAGAGGUAUAGGUGGUGGCGACGGCGGCGGCGGUAAUGGCCGUUCUUCUGGCGUCGAGACGAGACUUCCCGUGCUGCGAAAACCAGGCGAUUUCCGAGAGGAGGAAGACCUGCUUAGCGCAGGUGCGACCAGCCCGCGCGCCUCUGAAGUCGAGGAACCGUCCCACAUUUCCUCCAUCUCCCUCAAGACAUCUAGUGCACUGUCCCAUUGACCCGAAGCCACCAAACUCCGGGCAACACCUGUCUUCUCCACCACACCACCAACAAACUUGACGCUCUCGCGCACCUUGCCCAAAUUUCGCACCCUGCUUUCUGUCCGCACCACUUCUAAUCCUUUCUUGGCCGUCUUCUCAUCGACAUCCUUCAAGAGUUUCAUUCAGAUUCGUGAGUGCCGCAAAGAACGAGGCAGAGCGCAGAGAUAUUUCGCGAACGAGGUGUUGCUCGACGGUAUCUGCGUAGUGGGAGAACUUCUCCAGAAGAGGGAGGGAGUACGAGAGCGCGAUGGGAUCGAAGACAGGGUCCGCCUGGAGCGAGUCUUGUUCUGUAACAGCGUUGAACGUGCGAGGAUCUCCGAGGUUGAACUUGGGUUGGAAGAAAACGGACGGCACGAUGUCCAACGACGGUAAUGGGCGUCCCGGUGUCUGCACAAACGGCGUUUGAGAGGAAGAGGCCCGAGGCGUGCUUGAACCUUCCAACUGCAUCUCCGCUUCCAGGUCUAACUGGUUGUUCCGUUCGAGAUUCUCCCAUUCCGGAGUGAUAGCGCGCAGGUACGAGUCGAAGUCUUUUCUGCGAACGCGAGGUAGGUCCGUUGGAGGAACGGCUGGAAGUGACGAAUGUGCCUUGGGAGGCGCCUGACGUUUGUGGGGAUUGUUAAGGACCGUAGAUAUAGCUGCGCAGCGUAGGUUGAGUGGUCCAUUGCGCGUCUACACACACGUACCGUUGAACCCAUGAGUAGAACUACUCCACUGUCCCGGCAAUGCUCCGAUGGCAAGACUAGUAGUAGAACUAUUGAGCAGGUUGAGACGCGACGGUCCUGCGAAGUAGUCUCGGCCUUCGGUAGUUCCAGAAACACUUUCAGGCCCCUUCGGUGUCGAGUCCCAAUUGAAUCUAUACGGGCGCGCAGUGGGAGGAAGAGGCGAUACAGGCGAAGGAGCCCGCGAUGGAUCCGAAGAAGAGUGUUCAGACAUGGAGUCGAUCCAGUCCGAACGGUAUGCGCCAGCAGUCAGCGCCAACGACCGAAGUUGCCGAAAUGUUUCUGUUUGUUGUCAAAACAAGCUACGUGAUUCGUGAACUUGCUCAAUACCGUACCGCUAUGGAAAUCCCCAAGCCACUUGCACACCUCUUUUCUUUCUUUCCAAUCGUCACAUACCCCGCUGUAGAAACUCGCUCAGGGAAAACUCCAGAUUCGCCUACGCUUUGGAUUCAUCCGCCGCGAGCGCUAUGUUUAAGUUCGGACGUAGAAUGUCUGAAAUGGCAGGCUUAUCUUGCUCUUCGUGGCCUCAAGAAAGUUUCUGUUCGUUGGGAUGUGUCUCCGCAAGGCGCAGUUGGAGGCCGCUUGCCUAAUCUGCACUUGGCUGACGGACAACUGCUUCCUGCGCAACACAUUCCUUCCUGGGCCGACGAAGUCUUGAACGAAGAGGAGCGAUUGCUGGAAGGUUACAGGGAUCAAAAUGCGUUGGAUGAGAGCAGGGCUUGGGUCUCUCUGUUGGAGGGAGAUGUACAUGCUGCUCUGAUUGUUUCCCAACCCGCCGUAUCCUAUCUUCAAUCCCUCAUAUUCUUCACUGAAAAGUCAUCUCGCUCUCUUGAGUCUAUACUCACGCCUUCACCAUCUCCAUUGUCUGGGCUCAGCUCUCUCAUACCACCCUACGGGACGCGGAUAUCAGUCAAAGAUAUACAAAGUAAGUAUCGAGCAGCAAUUUCUGCUUUAGCCGAUCGUUUGAACACGGACAAAUGGUUUUUGGGUUCUAGCGAACCUACCCCAUUGGACGCACUUGUGUUUGCAUAUCUACAUUGCAUACUCAACUUCUCCAGCCAUAUAAUCCGGACAGAAGUCACAAGACGGGUCAAUCUAGUUGCAUGGGAGCUUAGAGUUAGAGGCGUCGUCGGAUCUGCUUUUACAGACCCAAUCUUAUAAAAUCGUUAAUUACACACGUACAUCAUGUGGCCUCUUUCCGCUCUCCUAGACUGUCCUCAUUACAUUCACUAGCAAUUCUACCAAACCCAGGGUCCGCAGGUCAAGCUUUCAUCAGGCACGUGAUCUCCAGGUCAACUCCCGUGCGAUAUAAAAGGAAAUUUUGGACAUAUGCUUCGACCUAUUUCUCUUCAGCUUCAAUUUUCAGCCGCCAAUCGUGACUACUCCCGUGGACGAACGAAAUUAAUGUUACGCCAGAUAUCUCAUUCUAUGAAUCCUCUGAUGCUCGCGUUUUACUUACCCUGCCAAGUGAAGCUAUGACAUCUCCACAAUAAUUUGACCUACUGUCACGAAAGCGUGACGCUGGGCUGGAUGUCGCUGAGUGAUGUUUUGGCUUCUUCAGACUUUAUCCUACAUCCCAGAGGAAGCAAUUUUAUGUCUUAAGUAUGCACUGACGCGUCGUAAUUGUUUAUCUCUCCCGGGGGAGAUGUGAGUAUUUGAACUUUCGAAUAUGCAUAAGUACUGUCGCGAUCGGUGAUCAGGUGAUCAGAUAUCAAUGCCUCACAAAUGGUUGAGCAAGUGACCGCGUCUGACAUGCACCGCCACCUUCCUCACCUUAUCGUUUCCGACGAUUCACACUCGGAUGUUCUGUCUAAAGUCCGCUCGCUACCCGUUGGGCAAACCUCUCUAUCGCUCAAAUCGCUCUUGAAAUGAGAUCUGUUCCCCUGCGCAAAUGAAUCAACGAAGUUGCUGCUCCAUCGCGGGCAUUGAAGAGAUCAGUAGCCACCGUCCCUUUCGGUACGGAUCCAGACUUGUACGCUAUCUGAGAGGCGCACGGUAGAGGGAACAUAGGAACCGCCGAUAUAGGUGUCGCCAUAUUUUUGUCUCUCACGCAAGCGUCCUUCCGUCUGUCAGUCGGCCCGCGGUCGUAAGGGUCUCGUGUGAACUCGGCGGAGUCUCCGCAUCCGUCGCAGUGAAUACGAGUUUAUUGCGCCAUGUUUGAUUCAAUGGCUGCGCUUGAAUGCCGGCUAUGUUUGCUCAAUAACAGGCUGAGUGCGUUCCCAGUCAGAUCAACCUGUUGCCUCGACGCUGCCUGCCUGCACCACCGAGUAUCAUUGAUGGAGACGGUCAAGAAGCAGGCCUUAUUGCCGUCUGACCAGCCGCUCCAUGAGUCGUGCCCUACCCUUUUUAUGACACGCGGUGAACGUAGGAGCAUGUCCGUGAAUGUAUCAGUAGAGACUGUAGAGUCAGCUAAUAUUUGUGAUUGGAAUUCUGGCCAUGACCGGAAAUAUCCUUCUUUGUCUGUCUUCUACCACCAACCACUCUGCGCGCAGCUCGUCACAAUUGCCAAUCCUUCCAGCCAACGUCGCUUGCGGGAGUCUGCGGAUCCCGCGGUGGCAUCGCUCCUUCCCUCCACCCGCACUCACUCUGAGCUUGACAGUCCGUCUGACAACCUCGCUUCGGCCGCCCCUACACUCUCCGAAUCUGAAACGCUCCGACCUCACAAGCGGCAGCGUAUCUCUACCGUCCCUAACGCCCCGAUCGAUUAUCUUCCCAUUCGAACCUAUCCGAACAUGCGAUACCCAGGCGCAGAAGAAGUGGACGAGUCGAAUGCUGAGGACCUCGUUGCCGGCCCUUCGUCUCAGGGACUAGAUCACUCCGGCUCAUCGAACGGACACACGAGCGUUAACGGAUUCUCACCCUUGGCUAAUGGCGGGUCAGGCAUCAUGGGGAAUGGGAUACAGAAGAGUAAUGGGCACUCGAAGCGAACACCACAGGCCCGCCCUGCGACUGUCUCGCGUGUCACUUUACCGGGCACAUCACUUUACGAGGGUUCGGAGGUGGACAGGGAGGAGUUCGUUCGUCUGGUUGUGCAAACUCUGCGAGAUGUUGGCUACGUGGAGAGUGCCGCAACAUUGGAAGCAGAGUCGGGAUAUGCGAUGGAGUCUCCUGAGAUUGCUGACUUUCGGCGUUCCAUACUGGAGGGACAUUGGGCCGAGGCAGAGGCUGUUCUACAGACGCUCACUUUCAAAACCACAAGCGCUUACUGGGGUGCUCGCUUCAUGAUCAGCGAACAGAAAUACUUGGAAUUUCUCGAGACUCAGAACAUAACGGAUGCUUUGCGUGUAUUGCGCGACGAACUGGCGCCACUGGACGACGACUCUGAUCACCUGCACUUUCUCUCGAGUCUGAUGAUGUGUUCUGAACCGGACGAUCUGCGCAGAAGGGCAGCAUGGGAUGGCGUGUCGGGGAACUCGAGGCGGUUAUUGUUGACAGAGCUACACAAGUUUAUCCCUGCAUCCAUUUUGAUACCCCCACGGCGUUUCACUACAUUAAUUGACCAGGCUAUCGCUUUCCAACAACAGCGAUGUACUUAUCACAACACCCCUACGAUUAUCACUGGGCCUUCGCUCUUUGAAGACCACCAGUGCGAUCGAGACUCAUUCCCUGGCCUUACCACAACCAUAUUACAUGUCCAUACGAGCGAAGUGUGGAUACUAGAGUGGAGCAGAGACGGAGCCAGGCUUGCUAGCUCGAGCAACGACACCAAUGUCAUCAUUUGGGAACUCGGAGCGGACCGAAACUGGCUGCAGCGAUCCAUUUUGGGGCAUCCUUACUCUGUCAUCUGCAUGGCUUGGUCUUCGGACGACUCUAUUCUGCUGACUGGGACGGAGCACUACAUCAAAAUGUGGAAUACCAAGACGGGUGUUUGUAUACGCACUAUGGAAAAACACACGGAACCGGUCACAUCCCUUGUUUGGCUACCAGACGACUCAGGAUUUCUCUCGGCAGGGAUGGAUUUCACCAUCAUUUCAUGGAGCAAGGAUGGAUUGCGGAGCGAAGUGUGGGACGUCUUGCCGAUCCGGCUCACUCGUAUGGCACUGACACCAGAUCUCACCCGCCUGGUGGCUAUCGGGCUUCGGGAGCCUCCUGUAGUAGAUUCGCGCGGUGAAGGAGACACCGGAACCGGUGGGAACCCGCCUCCCAAGGAAGAACAUCGGAUGCUUGUGUAUGAUCUGGCGACCAAGCGGCCCUUAUCAACGAUGCUGUUCGAGGGUGAACUGACGAGUCUGAGCAUAUCGCAUAACUCUGUGUAUGCGCUGAUCAGUCGCUCGCCUGACGACAUCCAAUUAUGGGACAUCCGGUCAGGGAAAAUGGUCCGGAAGUAUGCUGGUCACAAGCAGAGCAGAGACAUCAUCCACAGCUGCUUUGGGGGCUCGGAGAGCAAUUUCGUGGUCAGCGGCAGCGAGGAUGGGAAUAUCUAUGUUUGGCACCGGGACUCAGGGGCUCUGCUCGAAGUGCUGACAGGGCACAGUCCGCAAGGAAGUGUCAAUUGUGUUGCAUGGAAUCCUCGAAACGAGAGCAUGUUCGCAUCGUGCUCUGAUGACCAGACCAUUCGCAUAUGGGAAUCGUCGUCUUUGGAUCUCACGCCAGAGUCGCCGAUCCCUGUUAAUGGGAAAGGCAAGACACGUCAAUACGACGACAGCAUUGAGCACUCAUAGCUGGGGCUUGAAUGUGCCCUCCAUCUACUUACUCGCAUUAUUCUCGCCGUAAUGACCAUCUCACCAUCCUGUUGUAUAUAACUGAAUAGAACGGCAUGUAUCAUCAUUUCAAUUUCCAGAAUUAAUCCAUUUUAGUACAAUUCCGAUAAUGAAAAUACACGGCAAGAGAUACGAAAUGUAUGUAAUUACACUACUUGGCCCGCUGCGAGUACGCUCGAUGCUUGGGCAUAAACAACGCAGCCAUGGGAUCCCGCUUGACAGGCGAUAUCGCUUUGGGCAAGUCGGCUUGCGCGGGGCUAGGGCUUGCCUUCCUACGUUUGGCAGGAGAAGGCUGUGACGAAGUAUCUGUAGGCGCAGGCAAGGCUCUUGAUAUUGACGGCAGCGGGACUUUGACCGGCACGGAUUGCUUCCCCCCGUUCUGGCUCCCAGCGGACGAGAUAAAUGCGCCAUUGGCAGGCAGUGAUCUUCGUGGCAUGGGUGAUGCUGUCUGUAACGUGGCGCCCGUUGCUGGAACACGUUGGGUGACGGUGGUCACGGUGACCCGCCUUGUCUCCGGCCGGGCUGCGGGAAGUAAGUCUGUGUGGCUGGAUGAAAGCACUCGGAAGGUUUUGCUCCCGGGCAUCGGCGGUAUCAUCGGCCGGGAAUAUUUGUUCUUAUGAAGACGAGAGGCUUCUGAUCUCGUCUUUUGGAACAGCGUCUUAGGUUCAACCCUAGCUGGCAUGCCCCCUGCCGAGCGGGUCAGCAUGGCUCGUUCCUCAAUAAGAUUAAGAGUAUUCGCACACGGCUUCCUGCCUGGGGGGCGCUGCGUCGUGAGUUUGAUUUCGGACUCCUUCUUUCGUUCAUGGGCUUCCUGUUUUUGCCGCCGAAGCUUAGAACUAACUUCCUCAAAUCGCCGAGCAUCCUCCUCCACCAGAA